AUGGCCUUACCACCAUGUCACUCAUUUGUUCAGUUUUAUGUCAGCAAUGGGGAGCUGUCUUGUCAGAUGUAUCAAAGGUCUGGUGAUAUGGUAUGUGGCUUAAUCAAACAUGCAUUAAUUUUUGUAGUGUACCAAUAGCUUGCUUUGUAGUAGUAUCAUUCAGAGGAGCUAUUUUUUUAAUAAUAUAAGUACUAUAAAUAUUUUUUUAAUAAUAUAAGUCCAGGCCCUUUAAAAGUUUAGUUUUUCAAAAGGUGGAUAAACGACUUGUGAUAUCCACUGGAUAGAGAUUUUUCUAGGGGAUAUCACAAUUCGUUUCUCUAAUAGUUGUCUACUGGAUAGUGAUUUAUCCAGUUGAUACUGAUUGAAUAACCAGGGCCAGGCCCCUAAUUCCCCUUAUUAUUAUUAUUAUUUUUUUAAAUAACUGAUUUAUUGAUUGAUCGAUUGAAUGACUCACAGGGUACUGGCUCACUGACUGGUCAUUAAUACUGACUACACUGCAAGCGACUAACUGGUAACCUUCUUGGCUGAGUGACUGGCUAUAGCUACAGGCUGGUUGACCUACUUAAUGCUGAGCGACCAACUAACAGAAUAACUCUUGACAGUGAUUCAGCUACUAUAAUUAACUGUGACAGACUUUCAUACUGACUGAUAAAGCUAUGGCUUGUCACUAGGCGCCUGCCUGGCUGACUGGCCAGCAGAAUGGUUGACUAAUUGACAUCUGACAACUGUCUGACUGGCUGUCUAACCACACUUGUAACUAAAUAAUGUUGAAAUGACUUAAUACUGACUGACUGACUACUGAGUGAUUGCUGUUUGACAUACUGAAUGAUUUACUGAUGGCUGAUGACUGUCAAGCUGACUGGUUCUUUGAUUGACUGGCUACUGACAGAUUGCCUUGUAUCUGACAACUGAAAGUCAGGGUUUGAGCUAGGAUUUGAUCACUGGGGGACAUUUUCAUUUUUAGGGGGACAGAAAUUUGUACACCCUUCUGCUGAUGCAAAGGGGUUUGUCUUCUUAGGUUUCCGACAAAAAUAGCACAACCAUGAGUGAUCUCGUGAUUUUUUUGGUUUCCUUCGAUCCUCAUCCGUUUUUUCCUGAUUAACACACUGUUCUUCUUCUGUAUCAUUUUUCUGAUUCACUCUGGCUUUGAUUUGGAGCGAAAAAGCAUUCUAAUGUUCGAACAUUUUUUUUGAUGUGACAUAUGUUAAUGAUUGCCAGGCGCGUUCACCAUGCUUGGUUGAGCAUGAGACCUACAUGUUCAGUAGAGCGUGACUGAAAUGUGACUUUAGAAUGAACUUUAAACGUGGAAUAAAAUAUACUUUCCACGUUCUGCUUUAGCUUGCAAUUUCUGUACUGAAAUAAAUCUCUUCAUGUGUGCUUCCUUUCGAGUUUUUUUCCCUAAAUUUUGAAGGGGACAAAUUGUCCCCUUGGCCGUUUUCUUAAGGGACAAUUUCACUUGCAGUGCCGUAUUGGCACAAUGGCGUGGCCUGGCUCAAACCCUGGAAAGUGACAAAGUAUCAGUACUUAUCGAUUGUUUGAUAGGAUGUCAAUGAUCAGUAUGGUCAUUUGUCGUUAGUUAAAAUAUUGGAGGAACUAUUUGUUCCACAUUUUACCUUUUUUACUUAAACUGUCAUUAAUUUUGUCAUUGCAACAUGCACGUAAUUAUGAUAUGAAAUGUUAAUUUUUCAAUAUAUUGUUGUUAAUUUUUUAGGGCCUUGGGGUACCAUUUAACAUUGCAAGCUACUCCCUUUUAACACACAUGAUUGCACAUGUCUGUGAUCUCAAGGUAGGAUGCAUAAAUUUUUUACAAAAAGAAAAUGUAACUGUUUGUUGAACCAUUAUCCAACCUAACUUGCAUUUGAUUCUAAAUUUCCUUUGAUAAGGUUUCCCAGCCUUAAGUAUAUUAUUUUAUAUUUACAGUAGUCAAAAGAAAUUCUCCUGAAAACAGAUUCUACCUACAACAUUAUGUACCCCCUAUUAUUCAAAACUGAAUCAUUGGAUAUCGCAAUUAUUCUAGAGUUUUGAUUGGCUAAGCCAUGAUGGUAUAUUGGCUCAUACACCAUGCUUUCCAAAUAUGGUCGCUAUGCAUCAGUUCCAGACUAGUAGCAAACUGAUAAUUUUUCUUCAUGGAGGAGGGAAUGGGACCCAAAGAAAAUUGUUUUACAUGUAAUUUUAUUACAACACUAGAAAAUGCAAUAUUUUAUAAUUUCAAUGAAAGACAAAGAAAGACAAAGUAAAAAGAGUAUGGAAUGAAGUUUCCCCUGUUUCUCAGGGGAAAGUGAAGCUUAUUUAUUCUUCUUUUUGAAAUAAUUUUUAGCCUGGAGACUUUGUUCACACCCUUGGAGAUGCACAUGUCUAUCUGAAUCAUGUUGACGCUUUGAAAAUCCAGGUAAGAGGAGUUAUGUCGAGAAUAAAGUUAAUUCCCACUUUUGUUCUCACAAUUUGUCAUGUAUUAAUAUGCAAUGAAAGUAGUCUCUGAUAGCUCUAGGCUAGUAGAUUUUGCUAUCGGGCUAGUGAAUUCUGUCUUUAAAAUUACCAAAGAAAUGCAUGUUAUCAUUAUCCUGCUCAUCAAACCUUUUUUGGGGGCUAGUUGAAAUGACUUUUAGGCAAGUACAUGCUAGCUAUUCGGGGAAGUUGUAAAACUAACUUUCUUUAUAUCCUGCUGUAUAGGGGUGUAUAACCAAUAGGUGCAUGUCCAUGUACCGGUACAUGUCGCUUUUUGGAAUCGUCAUACUAGUUAUCCAGGUGAUGCUCCUCCAGCUCCCCCAAGUCUCUCUAAUUUUUAUUAUUCAAAUGGAUAUGAUGGCUGAAAAACAAAAACAAAAAACAAAGAGAAAUUGAUCACUAUGAAUUCUUUUGACAGCUUACAAGAGAACCACGCCCAUUUCCAACUCUGAAGAUAAAAAGGAAUGUUGAAGACAUUGACAGCUUCAAAUUUGAAGAUUUUGAGAUCAUAGGAUAUGAUCCACAUCCAACAAUUAAAAUGAAAAUGGCUGUGUAA